GCUCGUUAGCCGGAUACCAGGGCCAAGGUCGGAGUCGCCAUGUUCUUGAACGCAGCCUCUCCUCGGAGAUCGUUUAGCAUCCCGAUUAACAUCAACCUGCAGGGUGCACGCAGGCGGCAGGCGCGAGAACUCCUCCACACGGUGACGGCCCAGGAGCAGGAGAGGAGCAGAGGUGGGGACGGACAUGGGGGCCACCAGGUUAAGACCCAGAUGCCGGUGUCAAGUGUCGGGGAAGACCGAGCCAUCCUCUUGGGCUUCGGCAUGAUGGCCUUCUCUGUGCUCAUGUUCUUUGUGGUCGGCAUCACUAUGGUCAAACCCUACAUUAACAGCAAGUGGGAGGAAGAAGACAGAUGCAUGCUGCUGCACACGGGAAUCCUGGACGAGUGGGUAGACUGCAGAGGCGUGAGCACCAUACCGUGCCUCACGGCGACCGUCAAUCUUGUGGCCUCCAAUCAAAGCGCCGUUCUGCAUUUUGACGAGGAGUCCUUGCUGUUUACGCCAAAGUGUUUCUACGAGCCCAAAUGUCAUAUGGACCAAAUGGAAGUUGAAGGCGAAGUCCUGACGGUGAAAAGCAACUUGGACUCCUGGUUGGGAAGCACCUUCUCAUGCUUGUCGGACCCCACAAGGCAUCCGGGGGAGGUCAUCCUGAACAAGAAGUACACUCUGGAGAGGACCCUGUUCGCAGUGCUGUGGCCCAGUCUGAUGCUGGGCGGCGGAGCCCUGCUGGCAGGCCUGGUGAAGCUGACACAGUGCCUUGCUCAUCUGUCCGCGGAGAUGGCAGCAGGGGGCAGACUGGCUUCAAAAUACUCUUCUGGCGGUAUUUUCUACAAGGGCGUCCACAGGUCCACCUCUGCUAUGUGACUCAUCCUGAAACAUGACCUGUACAUGUGAGUAAUUUCUGCACACUCGUCAUGUUUGCUUCGGUCCGGUGUGUGUUUGCGUCACUUGAUUAUUUAAAAGGUCGUCCGAACCCUUGCGUGCAACCGAGCCAAAAGAGAGGUUGUCUCGGUGAACUCGCCGACAAAAGACACGAAGGAUCAGCUAAAAAGCAUGCAGAGAUUGAGGUUACUUUGCAAUUGCGCUAUUAAAAAGUACAAACCCCGUUUCCAUAUGAGUAGAUGUAAAUAUAAACGGAAUACAAUGAUUUGCAAAUCCUUU